GAGACUGCGGCGUGGGGGGCUGUGGCAGACGUUCCCACAGGAGACGUGGUGAAGGAUACGAUUCGGAAAGAGAAGGUGAUCAAAGAUAUUCUCGCUGCGCAAGAGGACCUGAGAAUUAUGCUAUCCCGUGUUCAGACUGUACAAAGUGAUAUCGACAAACUCAAAUCGGACAAUGCCACGCUGCAGAUGUAUAUCGAUAACUUGACUAGGCAGAUGGCUCGUCGCUGA